AACAUGAAUCGUUGCGGGGUAAUUUUGAAAAUUUCUCGGGACGCGCCGAUGUUGCGUUUCGGAUCGAGGGAAUUCUCAUUUCUGCGAAGAACACGGUGUCUGACAAUUGCUGCUGUUCGUGAGACCGGCCAAGGCACUGUCUUAAGUGGGCAGUCCCGAACGAUACAGGUGAAACGACGAUUUGGCGCGAUUUGUUCGAGACCGAAUCGAGGAACUGUGAAGAACUGUCAAGCUGUCGACCGUACGAGUGGGAAGCAACCAACUUAUCCGACAGGCUCGAGCAUACUGAUUGUCGGAAGCAGAAAACACGUUCGAGUUUAUUACAACAGCGCCUUCGUUCCUGGAUCUCGGUGGCGUAGAUCAGUGAUCCAUCGUCGAGACGCAGGCUCCUCGACCGGAAAGGCGGCAACCACAUGGAAUUCUAUCGUGUGCGCCCAGGGGACAUCUCCGAUUCCGAAUUCCUUCGAAGCGGAGCGAAUUUGAUACACAGCGGCUCCUAAAAUCGUCGGCGGCUGUGAGAACACCCCCGUCGGAAUUGCUUCAAGAAAGUUCCCUUCUACGAACAUACGAAAAUAUGCGGCGUGCAUGUAUAAUUGUACAGUAAUAAUUAUCCGAGCGGCACCCGUCUCGCGAGUUCGCAUUAAAAUUAACCACGUAUUACGUGGAAGCGAUCCUCGGGAUUAUCAAUUCGUAGAAGAGUUCACGAAUGUCGGAUGCCUACGCUUUCGCAACCGUGUUAUCAGGAAUUCUACAAUUGCAAACGUAAUUAGUCACCGUGCGACCAUCGCGGCCGCACGUGUGCCAUUAACGCUGUAAUUGUGUCUUCCCGCGUAGGAAGACGAAAAUUCGUGAUCUGGAUCAAUUUACUGGUUCAACGAGCCGAAACACACUGCCAAUUGCUUCAUACGGUCUUUCCCCUUAUUUCGUCCGAUCUGCCCACACGUUUCUUCCACGACUUUCAUGCGUUUGGAGUACCGAGAAAAACGAUCUUAAAUGCCCCGUUUAAACGCUGCAAUUCCUAUAGAUUUUUCAAGCGUAAAGUCAGCAUAAACAAAGGUUCUCUCUUUGGAAGCUGAUGCGUCUCUGUAAAUGUUUCGAAAUUGGCAGAUUCUUCUCAUUCGAGACAGAGUUCUGUAUGCUUAUUUUGGGCGCGAACUUAAAAGCUACGAAAGUAGCUCCCACGUUUAGGAACGAACGAUACCCGAACUUCCGGUCACGGGAUACAUUACGAGCAGUAACCAGCAUCAAUUGUUUUCUCGCGUGUGUAAAUGAUUAUUCUCUCUAACUGCUUGCAUAUUAAACAACCGCCUUCCUUCAAUAGGAUAAUAAGGAAUCAGAUAUAUGUAAAUACAUUUGUGGAUGUGCGAUGUAUGAAACGUGAAUCGUCGAUCGUGGGUGGAUUUGAACCAUCAAUCGACGCACCACAGAAUCGAUCAGCUAAAGUCUCUGCUAAAUAUAGCGUCGCAAUUGACCAGGGGUUAGGAGUCAAAUUCCUGUUUUAGGGACCAUAUUAUGUUGCCCGUUCUCUUUCGUUUUCCUUCUAUUUUAUUUUCAAUAAUCCACUGAACAGCAUCGACAUACACACAUACUUCUAUAGGACAUCAACCAACGAAACUAGUCGUCAGUCAUCUUGAUAUUCAUCAAACUUGAUAUUUGAUAGUCAUCAAACUUGAUAUUCAUGUACUAUAAGCUAUUACUGCAGAAUCCAGUAUAGCGUUCUCGGAAACAGUAUGCGACCAACAAGAAAAACAUGAAACUGUUAACUGAAUAUGUAACAGGUCAAACAUAUCAGCUUACUUUAACAUCAGAAGCGCUUCUGGCAAAAACGAACACGAGACGUGAAGAAAAUCUUCGAACGAUUCUGUAGUUCUUCUCAUAAGAUACAAUGUAAACUCCGGUAAGAAUCAAUUGCUGGAUAUCAUCAGUGGCGCCUCUUACGACGAAAAAAUGAAGCUUCGUUCAGGGUCCAUGCAGCGCCAAUUAGUAAAUCGCAAAACGCUCAAACUUAAAAUUGAAGUGAAUGGUCUAUCUAUAAGGAAUGAUUACAGUGUACAUUUUUGUGAUAUGUAAAUCUGUGUAAAUCGUUUAUUGGAAACCUAUGUAGUAUCUAUAGUCCGUAUACAUUUUUUCCGAAAAUUUUCUUUUCUUUUUAUUAAUAUACUUGUAUUUAUGCAGUUUCCUAUGCGAAUUAGGUAACUACAUAGUACAUAGAUAGGUGUGUUGUAUACAAAACAUUUCAGAGUACACAUUAAAGGCACAACCGACAACCUGUCUCGCUGACGUUUCAUUUGAACAUCAUAUUGGAUAUUCAAGAUCGUCUCACAAAAACAUUAUUCAAAUUAUAGAAUAUUCAUCUAUAUUUAUAUAACUUAAAAAGCCACACCACCAAUGUGUUAUUGUUGUAUGUCAGUGUAAUACAGACACAAUCUCCUUUACAUCAGAAGUGUGAUUAAUAAUUCUUCGAAUAUGGCACCAGUUUAUACAGAUGAUUCCGACCCAUGGUUAACUGAAUAUGAUGCCUGUGAGGAUCAAUUUAGAGCCAUUAUGGAACAACUCACAGCACGCAAUAAACAUCCAAAGGCUUCAAGAGCUUAUGCAAGCUUAUCUUCUAAUGUACGAAUUCUUCUAAAAAAAUAUAGCCAAAAUGUGCAACAACUUAAAGUUAAAGUUGACAAUGCGUUAAGAUCCAAAACUAUAACUAUUGAAGAAGCAGAACGUAGAACACGUCAGAUAGAAUUAUUACAGAGUAAAGACGUACAAUUACAAAGGCUUUACAAUGCUCGAACAGACAAUUUUACAUCUUCUCGCACAAAUUUGUUUACUUCCUCAGCAUCAGCAUUUGCAGAUGGUGGCACAACUUCUUGGGCGGCUGAUGACGACGACGAUGAGAAACUCAUAGAUAUAGAAGUGUCUGUUACCGAUGUUAGAGCUCAGCAGGACAGAAUUUUACAAGAGCAAGACAAAGGAUUAGAAGAAUUAUGUAAAGUCAUCGCAAGGCAAAAAGAAAUUGGUCAGAACAUUAGUAAUGAAGUAGAUCAUCAAAACGAAAUAAUCGACAAUUUGGCUGAUCACAUGGAUAGAACUGAUGAAUCAUUAAUUACCAAAACGCGACAAGUACAAAAUAUCAGUUCCAGGGAUCGCACUUGUGGUUAUUGGAUAGUAAUAAUUCUCCUAUUUAUUUCUAUUGUCGUCGUAUCUUUAGUAUAAAUAUAAUUGAGGAAAUUCCAUUGUAUGUAAGUUUCAACAUGCAUUUAAAUUGUACAGGCUUUUAAGCAUAUGAAUAGUAAAUGUUCUGUAAAUACAUGUAAAAAUUUCACACUUAAAAAAUGUUUUAUUCUUUUAAAUAUAUACUAGUUUAGAAAAAUUAGUUCUACUUAAAACACAAUAUACUACAAAGAAUUAUUGUAUAAGUAACUAAACAUUGUAACCACAGAAGGUCGUAUAUAUCGUGUUAUAAUUAAAUAAACUUGAAUAACGAAAAA